AUGGCCGGCCGCGGCGGGGCGUUCGCACUCGUUGCGCUGUGCAUGCUCGAGCUCGCGCUGCUACAUGGCGCCGGCGCCGGGGAGCCGCUCGUGCCGGCCAUGUUCGUGUUCGGAGACUCGACGAUGGACGUCGGCAACAACAACCAGCUGCCUGAUUGCAAGCCCGAAUGCAGGGCCGACUACCCGCAGUACGGCGUCGACCACCCCUCCCACGCGCCCACCGGCCGCUUCAGCAAUGGAUACAACCUCGCUGACCAGAUAGGUGCCGUCAAAUAUUUCUUCCCCUUCAAUUUUAGUAGUAGAGGCUACUGA